AUGGUUCCCCGGCGUGGUGCCGCCCUUUGUACUUCGCGACGAUGUGAGCUGCGCCACCUGGCUGCGUGGGCGGAGUACGUGAUAACAUGCAGACAAAUCAAUGUGUCUAUUGAUGGAGUUGGUGUCCGACACCCCCGCUUCCAACAGUCAUCGCCCCGUCUUGUUGCCGGCUCGCGCCAAUAUCCGCGUGCUGGCGAAGUCGAACUCAUAGCUUUCCUCCAGCGUGUGAGUGGCGACUUGCGAUAAUGGGUCAUCUCUCCGAACGGCCCGUUUGUGCUCAAGUAUUAUUGAGGUGAGACGCCGGCCUGUUUGGCCUGUAUAGUGGCAAGGACAGUUAUGGCACGGCAUUUGAUAGACUACGCCCGACUGCUCCCCUGCGUCCAGCUGAUCCUUCAUUUUCUUGAUCCUGCUACGCAUGGUAGUCGCCGGAUGAUGAGCGAUGCCCACGUCUAACUCUGACGCAAUGCGUUCUGUAGCCUCCGACACAUUCUUUAUAUACGGUAGGGAGUGCCAAAUUGUUGGUGUCUCUUCCGUUUGUCCGUCGUGGAUGCAUGCGUAUGCAGCGGCUGAUGAAACUAUUUGGAUAGCGGUUCUUUGUUGAUUAGUCCCUGAGAUGCCGCAGUUAUUUCAUCCUUCCUUCGGGCUCGCUACAGUGCGUUUUCACCCGGUCGAAAAGCGCCCUCACACAGUCCCGCUUGUGCACCAAUGGGUGGUUACUAUGAUAGUUGAGGACCUGGGUUGUAUUGGUCGCCUUUCUGUACACUGUAGUACUGAGUUUGCCAUCAGGUGUGCGCGUGACGAGCACGUCAAGGAAGGGUUGUUUCUCGUCCCCCUCGUCUUCUCUUGUAAACUGAAUGUCGGAGAAGACGCUGUUAAGCAGGUCUUGAAAACCUGAUAGCCUGUCCUUUUUGAAUAAUGGCGAAUGUAUCGUUCACGUAUCGGCGCCAAAACGUAAGUUUGUAGUGGGCGGUAUCUGUUUUGCUGAUGCGGUCAUUGGUGCGCGCACCAUUACGACCAGUGUCAGUGGUACAAGUCCUUUUUCGGAGUUCUCAUAGGGUCCCUUCAUAAGGCGACCCACAUGUCCGUCAGGGGUUGAUGCACAUAAACAAAUAAACGACGCCUGCGUGAUUUAUGGUGUGCCGUUCAAGGCUGUAUUUCGACCAUUUUCUCUGUCACCACCCCUGCAAUCAAGAUUUUUACACCUUCGCCGUCUGUAACACAUCACCCAAUUUCAAGUUGUAACCGGACUCUUAACUAAAAUUUCGCUACUCUCUGCAAGUGGAUAGAGUUGACUCCCUAGUCGCUUAUAAAUCCUUUCUUCGGGUGCGAAUAAGUGAGGUGGCUUCAGCCGCAAGAGGGCGUAAUUUUACGAACUAUGGGAAGGGUAAAAUUCUUCGCUAGAUUCUGUGCAGUUUGUUACAGGGGUUAAACGAAAACUGAGGGACUUCGUCGCAAAUGUUCAUACAUCAAAUUUCGGUCUGUGCCUAUAGACCUUAGUUUAUACUGAUCAACUCCAAGUUCGCAGUUAAUUUCUGAGAAAAUUAAAAAACAACAAAAGUUAUUGUUUGGGCUGGAAAAUUGCCCCUCCCCUGCAGUCUCUAAUGGAUAUCAAUUGCCAGUGAAGAGACGAGAUCACUUGCGUCCGACAAUAAUGCAUGUCCUUAUUAUGAAGAGGACCUUUGCCUGAGACAGAAUUCGCAUUGUCGAACUGUGACUACUUGUUAAAGCCAAGAUUUGAGCACGUAAAAUACUCCAGUAAAUGAUGCAUAAACGGACAUUUAUUUGGGUGUGUUAUGCAAUAAUCUCCGGAGGAAUUGGAAAAGACAGCAGCCAAUCCUAGGAGGCCAAUAGUGUGCAGCAAACGCCCGCUUACACAAAGCCCGGUCGGUCAUUGGUCUUCUGACAUGUUUGGAAAGUUAAAUAUUUACCAUAUUUUUUGUAAACCUGACGACGAUCUGGGAAACCAGUAUCGUAAAUUCGUGAAAUUGGGAUUGAUGAUUUCCCAAUAAAUUUCGCGACGGCUUAUCAACUGCAGCCUGUCGUUGCAUAACACAGAUAACAAGUUAGAACGAUACAGAAGUCUGAACUUCCACGGAGAAAAUCAACGUAAAACAGCAAGGCCAUCGUAUACUGCAUGUAUACUGCAUCAAUAAAUGGUAACUUGGAAAGCAACAUAGGACAGAAAAUGGCGAAGUUAACACUCCGAGGGAUUUCGUAAAUCGAAAGGACUCAGAUCUACCAGGGCAAGCUGAAGUUGACAGUGCGGUUUAACUGUUUACAUGGGUCGGGUUUCUCCCGCCGUAUGUAGGCUGCCUCCAGGUAGCGCAGUAACCGAGUUGUUCGUGCUCGAACUAAUACUCGAAAAGAUGUUUUGGGGGUCAACCGACUGACCGCUAUCAAGGAGGUGUUUUGUAAUAAAAGACCGUGGAAUCUUAUUUUCCUGCUUUGAGGCCAUUUAGGCAGGUGUUCAAGUGACCUGCCUGCCAGUUGCCUUUGCGUUCGCCCAGUGUACUUGCAUCCACAAGUGCAUGUAAAUUGGUAAACACAAUUUGACGUGGCGUGCAAUGACAAGGCAUCCUUCGCCCGUGGAACUUCGAUAGCCUUAGUAGGACUGCAGAAGAUGAGUUCAGCUGAGUUGUAAGUUCUUUCAAUAGCGCAUCUCAAUCGCCGCUUGAUAGUAUUAGAGAUGUUUUCGCCCUUAAAGGGUAAGGAUAUUAUACCGAGCUUUUUCGGGACUGAUUGCUCCUUCACUUUUGGCCGUAAAGUGUUGCUGUACUCCAUAAUGGACAACAUAGUCGACACUGGACAUAUGUCGGCAGCCGGAACAAUGCAAACGAUUUUUAGACAGAAUGCUAUUACCGACAGGGACAAGGGAGACUGGAAUGGCCAUUUGCGGUUUAUUAGCUGUCGUCGGCCAGUCAUACCCAACCCCGAGGUGUAGAAUACCUGGGGCUCGAACUUGCGACCCGUUAGUUAGAAGUCCAACGCCUUUAACCAGUGAGCUACGGACUCGUUGUCCUGUCGGUUGCGAUCAGGAAUAUACAAUGCUAGAGGGGCGCUCACCGAUGCCGAAUAAAAGUCUAAAUGGGUUCGGGGGGUGCAAAAGGAUUAGCCUUUUUGACUAAGCGCGACAUCGCGGCCUCCCCUAGCUGUGGAGGUGAAUCUGGUACUUGCGUAAGGGGCGCAAAUCCAACGCGAGAGACAGCGUCGUAUUCGCUUCACAUCACGGUCGUAUCGUGGACGAAAGUUAAAAUCUCGAGGAAGUGCCUCGACAUAUAGAGGUAGGCCAUUGCCAGUCUGUUCGACCCGGGGAGAGCCUAUGAAGUGGAACCGAAUCAGCCACCUCGAGGUAGUAAACUGGAUCCAAACAUUCGGCUGUGGCUGUUUAGCUACCUUUCAGAUUAAAGUGGCCAAUAGGCCGGGAAUCCACAUCCUGGCCUAUCUGCCUUUCCUAAAAGAUGUACUUUUUCAAUGAAAUCGCCAUCGGUUACUGCAAACCAGGCUGUGGACGCGUAGUUGUAAGCCGCAGAAACAUAAUCCACCCAAGCUGACUCAGUAAAUGUACUAUCUGCUUCUGGUUCUCAGUUCUGCAGAGGCAUGGAACCGCGAAACCACGGCGCAUGUCAAACAGGACAAAUAACGGGUUAAUCAGGCACCUUUUUGAUUAUUUCGUGCUCAUUUGCUGUUCGAAUACUGCGCCUGACUGAGUCCUAUAAAGUAAAAUCGGCCCUGCAGUGACACACAAUAAUACAUGCAGAGUGGAAUUACUAACUAAGACGGGAGACGGGAAUGGCUGUUUCUGGCUUGCUUGCCGUCGCCAGACAGCCAUACACAACCCCGAGGUGUGCAACCCAUGGGGCUUGAACUCGCGUCCUGUCAGUUAGAAGUCCAACGCCUCUAAUCACUAAGCCACGGACUCUCUGUCCUGUCGGUUUCGAUCGAGAAUAUACAUUGAUGGAGUCGGACGCUCACCGAUGCCGAAUAAAGGUCUAAAUGGGUUUGGGGGUGCAAAAGGAUUAGAUGCUUUUACAGGAGAUCACUCUGAAAUGAGGGACAUCUUCACAGUCAUCAGGAAUGACUGCCACCUCCGAAGCAAGGAAGAGGCGCCACUAACCAGUCCAGAGGACACAACCCUGCUGUCACUGAAAGCCCAGAUCCCGGAACGUUGUUUCGCGCACCUCAGCGUUUAUGUGCCAGCCGGCAUCAAAAAAGGUCGACGAACCCACUGUAUUCUCCGUACUAGUGAGCAGCUUGAAAUUUGAGUAAUUACAGGUAAAAAGUUUCUCGCCUUGUCGCAUGCCCACUUUGAUUGUUCUGCUAGUGACGUAAGUUAUGUCGUUCCCGCGAACUAACGAACUACGGCUUACUAACCUCAUAAAUGGAGAGAGGUAAGGAAGGCCAGUAAGUGGAUAAAGUUAAUAUUUAAAAUGUGCAACGACCUGACCAGAGAGCAUGCAAGCGGCGCGAAGCUUACAAGCGGCGGAGUCUUCGUCACGUUAAAACAAAUGCUACACUAGAUCGCAGUUGGUCCGGGCCCUGCACAGUGUGCUAGGCUUUCACGAAGGGGGACGACCCAAAUCUCGCGUGCGCGUGAAUGAGCCAUGGGGAUCACGUUAAGAAGGAGCCAUUGAGCUUAACUCAGUCCUCCUGUAGUGGCCCAACUCCGACCGCCUGUUGGAACGCUGAGCUUCACGCAACUACUUGUACCUGCGCACCAAUUUCAUAAAAGAAGAAGAAAAGUCGAGCACCGGAACGCUUUGUUUAUUGUCCUGAGUUUUCAUACUCGUACAGGAGCCCAUCGUCAGAGAUAGUAGCAGCAAUAGAACAGCCGACAAUUAUGAGGCAUGUAGGCCAAUCAUCGACGGACUGCGCGAGACUGGAGGUGAGUACGCAGGGCACUGUACGUCGGCGCCAGACCGAUAAAUCGAUUGACCGAGUUCUUCUCCGCGACCCAGGCUUCAAUCAAUUCUCGGCCUGUUUUGUUUCCGGCCCGGGAGACUAUUUUGUUGGCUGUGAAAUUAAACUCGUGCCACAUUUCGUAGGUGUGGGCGGCCACUUGUGCUAAUGCGUCGCCUCGUCGCACAGCCAGCUUAUGUUCGUGUAUGCGCGAUCCGACCAUGCGCCCAGUCUGCCCUGUGUAGUUACAAGGACAAUGUUGACACGGAAUGCGAUAUACUACUCCAGAUUGCUCUUCAGGCUUUAGCCGGUCUUUGAUUUUCACGACCCUAUUGCGCAUGGUGGCUUUGGGGCGGUGCGCAAUUCCAAUACUGAGCUCUGCAGUAAUGCGCUCGGCCGCCUCUGAAACACCCUUGAUGUAUGGCAGAGAAUGCCAUAUUGUCGGUGGUGUUGAUGUCCGAGUCCUCUGGUGGCGAUCGCGUAGGCAACGACUUAUGAAUGCCCUCGGAUAGCCAUUUUGCACAAAUUGGUCGCGGAGAUAAUGGACCUCACGUUUUCUGUCUUCCGGUUUGCUGCAAUGAGUUUGAGUCCGUUUGAAGAGCGUCUUCACACAACUUGGUGGAAGGUGCUUUUCAAAUGUAACCGAACAAAAAGAUCUUGGGAUUAACAUUCUGUCCACCCUUAAGCCUUCAUCUCAGUGUGUUAGGGCGUCCAAAAGAGCAACUAGUGUUCUCUUUGCCAUUAAACGAUCUUUCGUGGACAUAGACAAAGAGUUAUUUGGAAAAGUAUACGGAGCGUUCAUUCGCUCGCAUCUGGAAUAUGGAAUCCAAGCGUGGCGCCCGUUGCUAAAAAAGACAAUAAGUUGCUAGAAAGAGUUCAGAGGAGAGCAACAGAAAUUGUAAAAGGCCUGAGGACUUUACCUUACAACUGCCGACCUAGGGAACUUAAACUUUUUCCUCUUGAGUACAGGCAGGUUCGAGGAGAUCUCAUACAGGCCUACCGGAUAUUGAGGAACGGGGAAUGUGCCCUAAACCCCAACGAUUUAUUCACCCUGGCCACAACAACAAACCUGCGUGGGAACUCUCUAAAACUGAGAGGAUCCCGAUGCCGCCUGGACGUUCGCAAAUACUGUUUUUCACAGCGAGUCGUCGGUGCCUGGAACGGGCUUCCCGAGGACGUAAUAAUGGCGGAUACCACGGAGACGUUCAAGCAAAGACUCGAUGCAUAUUUGCUUGGACACUAUCGCUUGUCUGGACAGAACAGCUCUGUGGUGCUAAACCAACGCCUUGCAUACUCAUACCGCUAAUGCGGAUGACUGUCAUUACAUUUUACUGAAAUCAUCUACAACAGAAUGUUCUCAAGUUUGGUUCUACAUUUUCAUGGAAAAUAUUCUGUUAAAUGUGUAUGUUAUUGACAACAUUUCAGUACCAUGUUUAUUUAAAGUGAUAUAUUGCCUGUACCUUUUACAAUAGGGUUUUCAAAGGCAUUGCCUAUUACUCUUAAAAUAUACUGACCUAUACUGACCUAUAGCUUUGUUUGUGAGUCACCGGAUGGUUGCUGUAAAAACUGAGAAUUUGUGUGGCGUUCGUUGCCUUCCUAUAAACCGUUUUUUCCAGUUCACUGCUAAGGUUUCGUCUCACAAGCACAUCCAGGAAGGGCAACUGCUGUUCCUGUUCUUCUUCCCUCCUGACUUUUAUAUCGGAGAAGACUGCAUUGAGCAGGCUAUGGAAAUGUUACAGCAUGUCCUUUUUUACGAUGACGAACGUGUCGUCUACGUAAAGGCGCCAAAACACCGGUUCAUGUUGGAUGAAUGCAAUCUUUCCUAACUCCUGUAGGACCAGUUCUGCCACCAAAUCGGAGACCGGUGAGCCCAUGGAGGUUCCCUUGAUUUAUUUAUAGGUCUCUCCUGCAAAAGUGAAGAGAGUUUGUUGGCAGAAUUCAAACAGCCUCAUGAGGUGUUCAAUUUUGAGUACAUUCUGAAUCUCAUCGUAGGCCUCUUCAAGUCUCCCGCGCAAGACUUCGCGGGCCAAGUUUGGUGGGAUGGAUGUGAAUAACGACGUCACAUCGAAGGAGACCAUGAUUUCGUCCGAUGCUCGACUCUUCCUCCCCUGGAACUCGGAAUUUCGCCUUCAUUUGCACCAAUUUCAUUCUGGUUCCCUGCCAAGGUCGGCAGUCUGAACUGGCCAGUCGUCUUCGAGGCUGACUCAUAUGUGACCUCGCUGGAGGGGCUUGACGACUGCUCCACUUUCUCGCAGUUGCGGCGUCGGGCGUGUCCUCACUCGACUGCCAAUUCCUACCAAUCUGUUCUUUAA